ACUUGGAAAGGUAGAGGCGCUUUCCUGCGAGACGGAGCGCGAGCCCCCCUUCCUCUUGGGUGGGGUGCAUAAAGAAGCCGGAGCCUGUAAGGUGUGGAGGGGGAAGGAGUCAGGCUGGUCUGGAUAGGAGUGAUUUCCCCUCCAGGGAGACUUGUUGGGGUGGAAGGGAGGAUGCGGGUUCUGCCCUCCCUGUCACACGCACGCUUUUGCGGCGCUGGGGGGCACGAUUAGCUCGGGCGAGCGUCCCUGGGAUUCGCCUGCCGCCCCAGCCCACCCCCCUCUUCGCAUGUGUGCGCACGCUUGCUGGUGUUGCAGCAGCCUGGAAGAGGGGCGGCGGGUAGUGCGGCUGAUGUAGGAUCCUGGUAGGUCCCCUCCUUUCUUUCUCCUUCCUCUUGGGCGCGGAGAGAGGAGGAAGAAAAAGAGUCAUAGUCAGAGACAGCAGGGGCUGGGGGGGUGGAAACGCUGGAAAAUGAACGUCGACGGCCUCGCGAUCGGACGAGGCGGAUAAUGAAACCCCUGUUCUUGCCACAACCCUGAGUAUGCUUUUUGAAUUUUAUUGGGGAGCUAGCCUGGAUGUAUUCUUAUUGAAUUAGUGGAAUAUUUCAUGGGAUUACUACAACGAAGGGAACCUCUUCUUGCUGCCCUGGGUGCUUUAAAAAAAACUGAUUUUUUUUGUUGCUCUUAAAAAAAAUGGAAAACGAGAUCUUCACACCUCUUCUGGAGGUCUUCAUAUCCAGCCCUCUUGUUACUUGGGUUAAGACAUUUGGACUGUUAGCCGGAGCAAAUGCAACCAAUUUGGAGGAAUAUGUUGCGCUUGUGGAUGGAGUUUUCUUGAAUGAAGUCAUGCUUCAAAUCAAUCCUAAAGAAACCAAUCAAAGAGUUAAUAAAAAAGUCAACAAUGAUGCAUCACUUCGAAUUCAAAAUUUGUCUAUUUUGGUGAGGCAAAUUAAAUCAUACUAUCAGGAGACACUGCAGCAGCUUAUUAUGAUGCCUUUGCCAAAUGUCUUAAUAAUUGGCAAAAAUCCCUUUUCAGAACAAGGCACUGAGGAAGUGAAAAAGCUACUUCUACUCUUGCUUGGCUGUGCAGUUCAGUGUCAGAAGAAAGAAGAAUUCAUUGAAAGAAUCCAAAGUUUAGACUUUGAUACAAGAGCAGCUGUUGCCGCGCAUAUACAAGAGGUAACUCAUAACCAAGAAAACGUGUUUGAUCUUCAGUGGAUGGAUGAUAAUGCUAUGUCACAAGACUAUAUUGAACCUCUCCUUAAAAAUAUGGCAUUGCAUUUGAAAAGACUUAUAGAUGAGCGAGAUGAGCAUUCUGAGACUAUCAUAGAACUCUCUGAAGAACGAGAUUCGCUUCAUUUUUUACCUCAUGCAUCAGCAGCACAGUCACCUUGUGGUUCUCCAGGAAUGAAACGCACUGAAAGCAGACAACACUUGUCUGUGGAGCUAGCAGAUGCCAAAGCAAAAAUCAGGAGGCUUAGGCAAGAGCUUGAGGAGAAGACUGAACAGUUGCUGGACUGUAAACAAGAACUGGAACAAAUUGAAAUUGAAUUCAAGAGACUACAGCAAGAGAACAUGAAUUUGCUUUCAGAUGCCCGUUCUGCUAGGGUUUAUCGGGAUGAACUUGACGCUCUUAGAGAGAAGGCAAUCCGAGUGGACAAACUUGAAAGUGAAGUCAACCGAUAUAAAGAGAGGCUACAUGAUAUCGAAUUCUACAAGGCUAGAGUAGAGGAGCUAAAAGAAGAUAAUCAAGUAUUGUUGGAAACUAAGACAAUGUUGGAAGAUCAGUUGGAAGGAACCCGAGCCCGUUCUGAUAAAUUACAUGAAUUGGAAAAGGAGAAUCUACAGUUAAAGGCUAAACUGCAUGAUAUGGAGAUGGAACGUGAUAUGGAUCGGAAGAAAAUUGAAGAACUUAUGGAGGAAAAUAUGACACUAGAAAUGGCUCAGAAACAGAGCAUGGAUGAAUCGCUGCAUCUGGGCUGGGAACUUGAACAAAUAAAUAGAUCAUCUGAAAUUUCAGAAGUGCCACGAAAAUCACUUGGUCAUGAAGUGAAUGAACUGACAUCAAGUCGGUUACUGAAACUAGAAAUGGAAAACCAAAGUUUGUUAAAGACUGUGGAAGAACUGCAAAAUGCAAUGGAAUCUGCAGAAGGCAGUAAUUCAAAAAUACUGAAAAUGGAAAAGGAAAACCAAAGACUAAGUAAAAAGGUGGAAGGACUUGAGAAUGAACUUGCUGAAGAGAAGCAAAGUCUUCAGAACAGUCAGAAUCUUAGCAAAGAUCUGAUGAAAGAAAAAGCACAGCUUGAAAAAACAAUUGAGACUCUGAGAGAAAAUUCGGAGAGACAGGUUAAAAUACUGGAACAGGAGAAUGAACACUUGAAUCAAACAGUAGCUUCCCUCAGGCAGCGGUCACAAAUCAGUGCUGAAGCAAGAGUUAAAGAUAUUGAAAAGGAAAAUAAAAUUCUUCAUGAAUCUAUCAAAGAGACAAGCAGUAAAUUAAAUAAGCUAGAAUUUGAAAAGAAGCAAAUGAAAAAAGAGUUAGAACUUCAUAAAGAGAAGGGAGAAAGAGCAGAUGAACUGGAGAAAGAAGUUCAUCAUCUUGAAAAAGAAAAUGAACUAUUACAGAAAAAAAUUACCAACUUAAAGAUUACAUGUGAAAAAAUAGAUGCUUUGGAACAAGAGAACUCUAGUCUAGAUGUUGAAAACAGAAAGCUGAAAAAAGCUUUAGACAGCCUGAAAAAUCUCAGCUUUCAACUGGAGUCCUUAGAAAAAGAGAAUGCACAACUUGAUGAAGAAAAUUUAGAGCUCAGAAGAACAGUUGAAUCUUUGAAGAGUAACAAUAUCAAGGUAGCUCAGUUAGAGUUAGAAAAUAAAGAACUGGAAAGUGAGAAAGGUCAGCUUCAGAAGAGUCUGGAGCUUAUGAAAACAUCUUUUAAGAAGACUGAACGCUUAGAAGUGAGUUAUCAGGGUUUGGAUACUGAAAACCAAAGGCUACAGAAAGCCCUAGAAAACAGCAACAGAAAGAUCCAGCAUCUGGAAAGUGAACUACAAGAUCUAGAGACGGAAAACCAAGCUCUGCAAAAAAAUUUGGAACAACUCAAAAUCUCUAGUAAACGCUUGGAAAAAUUAGAAAAGGAGAAUAAGCUUUUGGAGCAAGAAACCUCUCAGUUGGAAAAAGACAAGAAGCAGCUAGAAAAAGAAAACAAGAGGCUUCGACAACAAGCAGAUAUUAAGGAUAGCACGUUAGAAGAAAAUAAUGUAAAAAUUGGUCACCUGGAAAAUGAGAACAAGUCACUCAUUAAGGAAAUUGCUAUAUGUAAAGAAGCUUCUGUUCGACUGAAAGAAAUUGAAAAGGAGAAUAAAGAGCUUGUAAAAAGAGCCACCAUUGACAAGAAAACACUUGUUACGUUGAGAGAGGAUUUGGUGAAUGAAAAACUGAAGACACAGCAAAUGAAUAAUGAUUUAGAAAAGCUCACACAUGAACUUGAAAAGAUAGGAUUGAAUAAGGAGCGCCUCUUGCAUGAUGAGCAGAGUAGUGAUGACAGCAAGUACAAACUGUUGGAGUCAAGGUUAGAGUCCACACUCAAGAAAUCACUUGAAAUAAAAGAAGAAAAAAUAGCUGCUUUGGAAGCUCGAUUAGAAGAAUCAACAAAUUUAAACCAACAGCUGCGCCAGGAGCUUAAAACAGUGAAAAAGAAUUAUGAAGCCCUUAAGCAAAGACAAGAGGAGGAGAAAAUGCUACAGAAUUGUUCUUCAAGAAGUGGUGAAGAAACUCAGCCUGUCAAUAAAUGGGAGAGAGAGAGUCAGGAAACUACAAAAGAACUUCUGAAGGUUAAAGAUAGAUUAAUUGAAGUUGAGAGAAACAAUGCAACUCUGCAGGCAGAGAAGCAAGCCCUGAAAACCCAACUAAAGCAACUUGAGACACAGAACAAUAACUUGCAAGCUCAGAUUUUGGCACUUCAGAGACAGACUGUUUCCUUACAGGAGCAAAAUACAACCCUACAAACUCAGAAUGCCAAGCUUCAGGUGGAAAACUCUGCUAUCAAUUCACAAAGUACAUCUCUUAUGAAUCAGAAUGCACAGCUGCUGAUUCAGCAGUCUGCCUUAGAAAAUGAAAAUGAAUCCAUAAUCAAGGAACGGGAAGAUCUGAGAACAUUAUAUGAUUCGCUAAUUAAAGAUCAUGAAAAACUGGAGCAGCUUCAUGAACGACAAGCUGCUGAAUACGAAUCUCUGAUUUCCAAGCACGGAAACCUUAAGUCUGCGCACAAGAAUCUUGAGGUGGAACAUAAGGACCUGGAAGACAGAUACAAUCAAUUGCUCAAACAAAAAGUGCAAUUAGAAGAAUUGGAAAAAAUUGUCAAAACAGAACAAGAAAAGAUGUUGCAGCAAAACAAAAAGCAUGAAACUGUAGCAGCAGAAUACAAAAAGCUUUGUGAGGACAAUGAUAGACUAAAUCAUAUAUACACCCAACUUUUAAAAGACAAUGAAGUUCUCCAAGUGGAUCAUAAGAACUUGAAAACACUACUAAAUAAUUCUAAACUAGAACAAACACGAUUGGAAGCUGAAUUUUCAAAACUGAAAGAACAGUAUCAGCAGCUGGAUAUCACAUAUACAAAACUGAAUAAUCAGUGUGAGUUGCUUAGCCAGCUGAAAGGAAACCUGGAAGAAGAAAACAGGCAUCUGUUGGACCAAAUACAGACAUUGAUGCUUCAAAACAAAACAUUAUUAGAGCAGAAUAUGGAAAGCAAAGACCUUUUCCACGUUGAACAAAGACAAUAUAUCGACAAAUUAAAUGAAUUGAGAAGACAGAAAGAGAAAUUGGAAGAAAAGAUUAUGGAUCAAUAUAAAUUUUAUGAACCAUCUCCCCCAAGGAGGAGAGGGAAUUGGAUUACUCUGAAAAUGAAGAAGUUGAUAAAACCUAAGAAAGAUCUAAACCGAGAACGCUUCAAGUCUCUGACACUUACACCAACCCGCUCAGAAUCUAGUGAAGGAUUCCUUCAGCUGCCACAUCAAGACAGUCAAGAUAGUUCCUCAGUGGGCUCAAAUUCACUUGAAGAUGGUCAGACUGUUGGGACUAAAAAAAGCAGCAUGGUUGCACUGAAAAGACUGCCCUUUUUGAGGAACAGACCGAAGGAAAAAGACAAAAUGAAGGCCUUCUACCGUCGCUCCAUGUCCAUGAAUGACCUGAUGCAGUCCAUGGUCCUAGCAGGAGGACAAUGGACAGGUAGUUCUGAGCAUCUGGAGGGUCCUGAUGAUUUAUCUACGGGUAAAAGGAGAAAAGAAUUGGGAUCUAUGGCCUUCUCUACUACAUCCAUCAACUUUGCAACUGUCAACUCUGCUGCAGGCUUGAGAUCCAAGCAGUUGCUUAAUAAUAAAGAUGCUACAUCUUUUGAAGAUGUAAGUCCACAAGGAAUAAGUGAUGAUUCUAGUACAGGAUCGAGAAUUCAUGGAGUGCAGGAUAUUAACUGUGGAGAUGCUCUUGCUCCUCCUGUUGGUGGCAUUUCUGCAGUGUGCAAAGUUCCAUGUCAGAUCUGUUCUUCCAGACCAGCCAGUCUUGAUAGUGGCAGAACAUCCGCUAGCAAUAGCAAUAAUAAUGCUUCACUCCAUGAAGUCAAAGCAGGUGCAGUUAAUAACCAAAGCAGGCCUCAGAGCCACAGCAGUGGAGAGUUUAGCUUGCUUCAUGAUCACGAAGCAUGGUCCAGCAGCAGCAGCAGUCCCAUCCAGUAUCUGAAAAGUCAAACCAGGUCUAGCCCCAUGAUCCAUCAUAAAAUGACAGAAACUGUAGAUAAACAAGGAACACGGAGAAUUAAGACUGACUCGCCUGGAAGUGAAGUGGUCACCCUGCAGCAAUUCUUGGAAGAAAGUAAUAAGGUUACUUCAACUGAGAUGAAGGCUUCAAACCAAGAUAAUCUUUUGGAUGAAGUAAUGAAAAUUUUUUCUGAAAAUGCUGAAUUAACAGGAAGACAUAAACUGAGGAAACAGUCAUCAGACAGCAGUGGCAUUGCCAGAUCACAGAGUGUAAGAAGCACAACAGAGUUUUCUGAUGGAAAGCUUAUAAAGCCCAGUUCAUGUAGAAUGGAAGAUCCCAGCUUCUCAAACUCUUCCAAAACACUUAAAGCGGGUACUAAAGGAAGGACCAAGUCUGUUAAAGAAAACAUGCAAUCACAGCGACAAUCAAAAGAUUGUAAUCCUUAUGCUACAUUACCUCGAGCCAGCAAUGUGAUCUCAACAGCAGAAGGAACUACUCGGAGAACAAGUAUCCAUGAUUUUUUAUCUAAGGACACUAGACAGCCAGUAUCAAUUGACCCAAGUCCACCUACAUCUGACAGAAGCAUCGCAUCAGCUUCUAUUGCAUGGUGCUGUGCCAGAAACAGCACAAAAAAACCAGAUGUGGAAGCUAAACCAGAAAACAGAAAUUCAAAAAGCAGGUCUAGGGAGCAACAAAGCUCCUAGUUCUAUUAUCCCCCCUACAUGAGAUGUGGGCCACGUGAGAGAAAAGUGUCCUUCAGUAUCUCAGUGUGAAGCCUUUAUUUCUGAAGUAACAAGGAAUCCGGCUAUAGGAAUCAUGUUUAAAAAAAAAAGUUGAAAUUUUUUACAGGCCUACAUGAAUAGAGCAAUCAAGAAAUACACAUCUUUCCUUGAAUCAAGGAACUGUACUGGCAUCUCCUGCUGAAUUUUUUAAAAGACAGACUAUAUUGCACAUUGCACUGUUAAGAUCUACUGAUAAGGGACAAUUUUCAUCUCUCUAAAGACCAAGGGUUGUGCAGUCUCAAGAAUUUCUCCAGGAACCCAAUUACUGCUUUCUUCCUUUAUCAACUUAGUUGCCAUUUGCUUCUGCUGAUAUUUGAUUCUGUAAAUCUGAAAUGGGAAAAGGCUGUAGUAUAUUGUGGAAUUCGUUGUAAAUACAGGUAAAAAAAAGGAGCCUCACAAGCAUAUUAGCACUUCUCAGCCUUACUGGGUUUGCAUAAUUUGCAUGAUGUUACUCUUUGCAAGACAAGACUCUGCUGUUUAUUUGGAUGCAUAUUGCAAGACAAAAUGGUUAAAUACCUGAAAACAUAACUGAACUCUUAAUUCACACUCCACAUUCAUCUAUGUUUUCUACACAACGAUACUACAUAACAAUACCCCAAUUUUUGGCAGAAAAAAUGAUGGAAAAAGUAUUGCUGGAACUUUCUUUGUCAAUAAAACCAUUUGUGUUUUCAACAAAUGCCAACUCUAGAAUAAAAUGUGUACAUUAAACAUGUAUUUUUAAUUUGUAAUUUUUGUUUUGAGCUGGUUAUGAUUUUAGAAGUUUUAUGGGGAAAGACCAUCAUAAAUGUCAUAAUCAGCCUUUUUCAAUUCAUUCCUUUUAUUAGAUCUCUUGCACCCUGUUACCCUGUAUUUGUUCUUUAUAAUUUUAUAAUCAUUAUGGUUAAUGUGGUUGGUACUCGCUAAAUCUUUGUGUGUACUUGUGUGUGUGUGUGCGUGUGUGUUAAAUUCUUGCAAAGAGCACAAGAAGAUAGAUUUGGUUAAUCCUUAGAAAUGUACAUGAAGUUCUCCUGGUUUAUAUUACUUUUUAAACCUUAUUUUCUUACAUGUCACUAAAUAUAUUAAUUAUAUUUCUACAAGUAUCAAAUUUAACCUCUUGCGUUUCAUUAAACUUUGAUAAUACAUACACAUGUAGUUACCUUUAAUCCCAUCGCACUUUAUUUUUAUCUUAACAAAGAUGUUCUCAAGUAAAGUUAUAGUAUGUUCAAAAUCCUACUGAUUUGGACCAACUGCCUGUUAGAUCAAACACAGUUUAAAAAAAACAUGUUAUUUCAAACAUGUUAUUUCAUUCAACAUGCAAAAUAUGCAUUAGAAGUCAUCAGGCCUUUGAUGACCAUCACUAAUGGGAUUUUGAAUAAGUCAGAAGUCUGCCUCCUCUGAUGGCAAAUGGACAGCAUGCUGCAAAGUCUUACAUGUAAACACACCAGGGACCAGAUAGGCAGAGCUGCUUCCAACCCUCUAUCCAGUCCUGGGAGCACCACGUGUGGAACCGUGUCACGCCCAUAACAGUGACCAGCAGGGCUUGUGCAGUGAGCAAUAUAACAGAUACAGUCGCCACCGAGCUGGCAGUCAGGUGACCCAGGCCUCUGCCCUCCCUCACAAAUGGACUAAUCACAGCAAGAAUAUGUGGAGGGCUUGUUCAGCUGCUGCCUACUUCCAUCCCCCUGCAUGAGAUGACCAGGCUGCAACCAUAAGUUGAUAACUCCUCAGUCUUAAUGUACCUAUGGUUAAGGUUUUGCCAGAACAACAUGUAAACAUGAGGCUUGCCGUGUGUGGUACAUUUUCAUUGAUUGUUAAAAUGCGGAGAAUGGGAGAGAAUUGAUAAUUAGGCAUGAGAAGGUCAUAGAGAAUUUAGUUAACUCUGUUAGAAAAUUCUGUUGCAUAACAUAAUCACACCAGCAGCCAUUCUUACCUUGGUGUAGCUCACACAGACCACCCCACCCCACCCCACCCCACCCCACCCCAUCCCAUGUGUAUGUUCUACAAAAGUUAUGGGAUCCUCCCUGGUGGAACAACUCAUUCAGGGAAAUGGUUUCUGGCUGAUCAGAUUGGCCAAAGGCAGACACCACAACAGAAGUGGAUCUGACCCUAAAAGAACCUUCAGAGAGUGAGUAAAGGUGCAGGCUCAUUUUUCAUACGUACCCACAUAAUUAUUGAUUAGAGUGAAAGACCUGGGAAUUUGAAAGCAGUUUCUGGAGUGAUGAACACAAAGUAAUCUCUCAAGGGCCAUGUCCCAUGAACUUCUGAGCACCUUCAUUUCUCACAAAAGUGCUCUGGAAAUUGGGCAGGGUAACCCCUUCACACAAUCAUAUUUUACCAAAUUAAUAAAUUUGAACAAAUGUAUCUGCAUUUUAUCAUAGGCAUCUAGGUGGACAUCUACCUAGAUCCACCUAGAUAUCUACCUGUACAUCUAGUUGGGCAUCAUUCUGCUCUUUGAAGAGCUGAAAACUGAGCUAAGGACCAAAUCACAUGUCUGUGUGGCAUGUUAUUUGUUUACAUCAACUUGUCCUGUGCAUCCUUUAGUUUUAUUUAGUAGAGGAAAUAUCCAAAGGCUCCCAGAGAGGCUAGCAAUUGUUUGAAGAUUAUAAAGCAAUAAGAUAGUAAAAACAGCACAGCAGAUGGACAAUGGGUAGUAUCCAAGUCUGGACCAGCACAAAACAGAUUAUGUUGUACUAGCAAGGAGACAACUCUUAAUAGCAUUAGGUGGUAUGAUGAAUUUUGUGGGAAAUUACAUUGUAUCUGCUAAUGCUAUUAACAAUGUACCAGAAAUCUCUUAAACCAGUGCAACAUAGUUUGUCAGAAGUUGUGUCAGCUUGGAUAUUGUACCAUGUCAGUACCAAACCAGAUUAAAGCUUGAAUGUACAAAGCCAAGGGUGGCUACAUAGUUCAACCAGUGCUGUUAAGAGAGGAACCACCCUGAAAAAGCUUUGCAAUGUCAAGGCCUUUUCGUUCGUCUCACCCCACCCUAGGUCACAGCAAUCCUUACUUUCUAAGUUAGGGUAACCUGGAAAAGGAUAAUCCUAAUAUCUAGGCCUAAAAUUGUAUACAUGCAGAUGAUACAUAGCCAGCACGACAAAUCCGCUUGCUUUGUUUGAACUGAUCUCAAAGAGCCAAUGUCCAGUUCUGCUGUUUUGUCAAGACCUUUCCGGAACAAUCAUGUACUUUUCAUGCAUUUACUAGUCUUCUGAUUGACCAAACCUAUUUUCUUAAGAUUUGCACCUUUUUGAGCUUUGCACUUGUCUUAAAUACCCAUGUGUUUUGGCUUAAGAACUUACUUCAGAGGCAUGCUACCUUUCUAUGGGCAACUUUGUGAGCAUCAUCCAGCUAGAACUUCUCUUGAGCAGGUGUACUAUUAGGUUAAGUGGAGUUGUGCAACAGCAUCACUUUAUGCAAAGCUUGCCCUAGAGAAAUUAAUAGUGGAUCAUGCCUUUUGUAAUGUACCUAUAUUUGCACAUUACAUUGCCUGGGUUUAGUACUACAGGUUAAGUUUUCUAGUGUGUGUAUAUGCUUUAGCAUAAUUCUCCAUGUAAAAAAAUUAAAUACAAUCUUCCCUUAACCAAACCUAAAUCAUUGAUCUUUCUGAAAGGACAAGGCUUAUAGGCUGCAAAUAAUUUGUCUCUGUAGCUCAUUCUCCACAAACUUAGUCAUUUGUUCUGUGUAAAGCCAGACACUUUUCAUGAAAGCUUAAUGAAAAACAGACCCUGGAUUUUCUGCAGAAGAACCAAACCUCUGUAUAUUUUUAGCUUCCCUUUCCAGCACUCAUUGAAGAAUAUAAACUGACCUCCAUGAACUCCUUUUCUGAAUUGAAGAAAACAAUUUUUAGCCAAUCUCUUUUCAUUUCAAUUUUCAUUACAGUUUACACAGUUUAUAUAUUUACUAUUUUUAAAAGAUUAAUAAAAUAUCUAACAGUGUCAGGAUGUGUCACUUCACCAUCCACUAUCCCAGCACCUUUAGGACUAAAUGCAAGGGCUUUUUCACUGCACAUGGCAAUAUCCUGCAAAAUGAAAGUUGCAGUUCUGUUGUGAUACAAUUAAAUAUUUUCCACUCUGCUGCUGCUGUUGCUAAGGUUACAAUCGCCAUUUCCAGAAUGUGUCGUUUCUUAAAAUGCUUGUGUUCUGAGAGACAUUACAGCUCCAGCAGUGGAGCCACUGUAAGUUCUCUGGUGUAUGUGUGCGUGUGUGUAUGUGUGUAGCUCAAGUAUUGUUAAGAAUGGAACUGCCUUAAAAGGAAGAGCACCUGGGUGCGACACAAUCUUAUUUAAACACUGUUUUACAAAAGCUGUUGUUGAAAGCUGUAGUUUUCCUUUCUUAUACUUAUUAAGGAGUUUUGUAAUGUUUGCCAUUGUACACUACUUAAUUAUGUUAUUAAAAUCCAAGCCAAAUAACUAA